AUGAAACAUGGCUGCCCUGCACCUGCGAGCCUCGCGUGCCCAUCAGCCAUGGGAGCUAGCGUGUGCUGGUGGCUGUCGUGUUUACUUGCACUCCGACUUACGACCGGUGCAGCAGAGAGGUGCAGCGAACUUCGCGACAUGAUAUUCUGUCAGUCUGAACAGUAUUUUCCUCGUGGACUUGAGCCCACUGUGCUGAACUUCAGCGUGCAUGUGGAUUUCUUCCCGGCGAUUUUCAUCGCUGACCUGUCUGUGUACACCAAGCUGAUUGAGGGCGCCGACAAGUGGAACAACGCGAACCCGAAGAGCCCGAAGGACCUGCCAAUUCACGCCAACGUCCUUGUCGCGGAGUCUUUCUUGAGUUUCGGUAUGCAGCGUAACACGUUGCGGGGCAAGCUUGUCUGCAACUUUCACGACCCAGUGGGUGAGAUCAUAGUCAUCCCGCAAACUUCUGUACAGCCUAAAACCUACCGGCUGUCGGCAACACUUGUGGCCAGGCGGAUUAACCCUAUCAGUGCAGCGGUUGUGCAAAAGUCCAGGCUGAAUGCGAACAGACCGGGUGUUGUGGUCUUCGACAUCACGGAAGAGAUGGCAGCGAGCGGGGAGCAGUCCCUUGAGAUCCGAACGAAGGAUUCCCCAAACGAAAGCAUUGAGGUUUUUGUGUUUCCAGCUGCCGGCAACGGAUGUAUUGAUUUGGAAAUUCGCAACCAGUCCAUAUCCAAGUGUGUAAGCGUGCAGCAGCUUGCCAAUUGCCUGUCCUCCCAAAAGAUAUCUGAUAUCGUAUCGGAUAGCAUGCCCAGAUCAAUGCGACUGACCGUCACGAGCGAGGGCCGGGUUGUCCUGAGCCGCUGGUCUGCUUUGCCGCUGUCACAGGGCCUUUGGUUCGUGCUAUUGAUGCCGCACCACUCCGUAGACGGCUUUGUCAAUUAUGAGCUGUCGAUGAGUGGGGCACGGCCCCGGCCGUCGCUGGCCCUUUGUGCUUUGGCCAUGUGCGGCAUACCUUUGGUCGUUAUCUUGGCCUUUCAGGCGGUUGACCUGUUUCUGAAGCGAACUUGGCAUGCCCGGCGAGGAUCCCCUUGUGCACGACGCCCCGUGACUGCUAUUCGGUUUCUCAGAGAGUGGUGCUUGCUGGAUGCUGACUUUCGCCUCUUCCUUUGGCAGAUGGCUGACCAGGGUGUCAGGCACGGGUCGCAUGCUGCAGUUAUUUGCCUAGCAUCCGGUUGCUUCUUUCUUGCUGCCAUUCAGAUGGCCAUGGGCUUAUGGGCUGGACAGCAGCGAGCCGGCUCGCUGGACAUCUGUCGAUACAACUUUGAAUGUUAUGUGCCGUUCGGCCUCGACCUGCCUUUCAACAACAUGCUAUCUCACAUUCCUUACUUGAUCAGUGGGAUCCUCUCCAUUAUCAUCGUCACGCACACAGACUACAACUUGACACUUCAAUCUGAAAUCGAGGGCGAACCCAGACCACCUGACCUCCGAUUGUUUUACGCGUUGUCGUGGUGCCUGUUGCUGGAAGGCUUCGGCAGUUCCUGCUACCACCUCUGCCCUACCUCAUAUCAAUUUCAGUUCGACUCUGCAAUGAUGUUUGUCAUCGCACUUCUGUCCACGGUCUGCCUGCUGGAUGGCGACGAAAGUACCGAAAGCGACCAAGGCAGCGGUAGCAUCGGUAGUAGUAGGGUAGACCGGAUGGAUUCUGGAAGGUAUUCCUCAAAUGCCUCCAAGAGCCUCUUCACACCCGUAGUGCUGAUGCUGCUGAUCACAGUGCCAAUGUGGACCAUCAGCUUUGUGGGUACUUGGUUCGAUUUCGUGGUGCCGGUGUCAGCUCAAGGCGCACUCUCCUACAACGUCUACUGCGCAGCCGUUCUGCUUUGGUUCGUCUUCAUUCUCUUGAAGGUGCAACGUGUAUUCCCCAAUUUCGCAGAGUCUGGCUACAGCUGCAGUGGACACAGCAAAGCCCUGGCAGCUACUCGCGUGCUGACGUGGGUUCUGGUCGCUGUGAUUCUGUUUCUUCCCAAUGUCCGGAUCCAGUUUGGAGGCAUGUCUAAUGUUCUUUUAUUCCUUUCCCUUUUAGUCAUGAUUCUGGCCAUUGCGAGACAGAUGGUCAAGCGUGACAGAAGUCGGCGAGACAGCCUUUCCAUUGACGAUGCGGUGCGGUGGUUGAGCAAAUUUGGGCUGCUGUUCUUGUUUUUGUUGACAAGCUUUGUGGCGCUCCACUUCUUUAACACAACCAUGACGGAUGUACUGGCCUCGGCAGCUGAGAGCCGAACCUUGAAUCAAGACUGCAUCUUCUUGGGUACCUUUGACACCCACGAUGUCUGGCACAUGGCGUCGGCCAUUUCGCUGGCCCUGUGGGUUCUGGUCUUUCCUCAGGAUGUCUCCUGGCAUGCUUGGCCGGCAAGCGAAGCGGCGCUCCAGGCGUCUGCUCAAAGUGGCCGGCUGCUGCUGACAGAUGUGGAUCGGCUGGAAGCCCAAAGAGGCCGUGGGCCCACGUCGGCGGACAGCAGCAGGUCGAGCUCAGAAUCGCCCUCCUCCUUAGCCUCCUUUCAUGGCUUUGGGGGCUCCUUGGUGCUGACUCUUGGCUACGUUACAUCAGUUUCGCUCACGACACCUUUCGCAGUUGAUGCUUCUUUCGCGCAGCUCUCGCCGCAGGACUUGGCGUCCCUUCAAAUGCAGGUCGCCCAAGCCGAGUCGUCUUCAAGGAAGCCCAUGGAGCGACUGCUUGGAAGCAUCCAAAAAGCCAUGGAGGCGCGGAUGGAGAAGGCCACGGCAGAGAUCGAGGCCUUGAUGCAGAGCUCUGGAAACAUCGAUGACAAUAUUCGGGAGUGCUUGAUGCGCCAGGACAGCGUCCUUCCGAUCAUGGCCGUCUUGCAGAUGAACAUAGGGCGUGCCCAGAAAGCUGGCAACGAGCAACUGGAAAAGGCCCUUACAUAUUUGUACAAUGUCAUGAACCGGGAAAUCGAGGCGAAGGUGCCUAUGGAAAAUCGCGUGCUUAGCCGCUGUCUCAGCACGGAGGACUCAGACGCUCGCCGGGAGCUGCUUGCAGCAUAUUUCUCGGAGAAGAGUGGGGAGGAAGAAGCGGCUAAGCGGCCCAAGUCGACGGCCAAUGCAAUUGUGGGUCUGGUCUCCGAGGCGACUGCUCAGGCAGGGCAACCGGGCCUGGACCUGGCAAGUGCGCUGCAGCGAAUCCGGGGAGUGGCACUCGAUGUUGGGGUGGUCCUUGGAGACGUCUUUGACGAAAAGGUGCAGGAGCAGUUUAUGGAGGAUAUUCAGCCCCUCUUCGAUGCGCUUGCUGCAGAGAGCCCAUCUCAGUCCAAGCUCGACUCGGUCGCCAGGGUUGCCCUUGCCUUCAGAGAUCGGGGCUUCUUUGAAGCAGCCGAGGUGACUUUAUCAUUUCGGUGCGGUGCGCAGGCGGCUUUCGGGCCCAUAUCGCAUGUCAUGGAGGUCAUCCAAAGUCUAUCCGAGUCUAUCCUUUGCCUCUGGCUGGGCCUGUUUGGAAGCAAAAGCACGCCGAGCUUCAGGUAG